AUGGACCGUCCGGAGCCAGGCCUUAUCAAGUGGACUGCCAAUCCACAUUUAGACAGCUUUGUGCAGGUCAACCUCCAAAGUCGACAUGUCCAGAUUUACGAGGCGAAUGGCUUUGCACGCAACGGCAGAUUCGACUACGUGCGGCGUGUCCGACAUGACGAGUUCCCCCCUCUAACGACGUAUGACUGGUCGCCAUGCGAUCCUGGUCUGAUCGCGGUCGGUACCAGUGGAGGUGUCGUGAAUCUGCUGCGAGUUGACGAUGGCUCUAAUGCCUUUGUCGAGCUGGGCUUGAAAAUGGCGAGAAACUGUCACGCUGUCGCAUUCAACACGACAGGCUUAUUAGCUGUCGGCCUGGACCGCGUUCGAAUGGACCAGAGCUUACACGUUUGGGACAUAUCGCGCUUGUCAUUGAUAGAACCACCCAUGCGGGGUUUCCCGCCUGAUGCCCACGACCACGUCGACAACAUUGCCCACCUAGAACCCAGCGUUUCCGUCUCCAGCCUCAAGUUCUUUGAAGAUAGCCCGCAUACACUUGUCGCCGGUAUCAAGUCGCACGGCGUCAGGAUACACGACCUACGUGACCCGAAUCCAGCCGUCACCUUUCAUACGAGAUGCAACAACAAUAUUGCCAUUGACUACGCUGAUCAAAACUACUUUGCAUCAUCCAGCUUGGAUCACCCCGGCGUCAUGAUCUGGGAUCGACGAGCCAGUAAUCGCCCUCUAGCGUCAACAUCAUAUGUACAAACUGUGGAGGAAGAUGAUAUGCCAUGGGGGGCUGCUUUGCGCCUCGACCAUGCCAUCGAGACUGACCAUGAUCCAUCCGCCGUGGACGAGCGACACUCUAUGAUUCGAUCACUCCGCUAUUGUCGCAAUCAGCGCGGUCUAUUAGCCAUUCUCUCACGCACAGGCGAACUUCGUGUGCUUGACACAAAGAAGGAUUCGCCAUCCCCUAGCAUUACGACAGAGCAAGGACCGGAACUGUUACAUGUGGAGAGAUCACAUGAGCUCGAUCAAUCCUUCAGAUACAAUUCAAGGAAGAAUGACCGCAUUGUGUCUUUUGACUGGGUUACGCUGGGAUCGCCGGAUCUUAAUCCGAGACUGCUUGUUCUGCGAACCAGCGGCAAGUUUGAUAUUCUGGAAAAGCCAUCAGCCUCGACACAACACGCAUACAAGCUCAUUCCAUGGCAAUCACCUCAUCGCGGCUUGGAAUCUGGCCAGUCUUACCAAGAUAUCAUGCAAUUCGACCCUAAGCAAGGCAUGGAAGUUCUUGCUGCCACGCUUGUAGACCAGGCACUGCACGAUGUUCCAAUUUUCGGCGCCGACAAGAUUGCUGUCAAACAAGGCAUCGAAGAAGCAUUGAAAAACCAAGACUCGAGCUCUGUUAUAGUUGAGAGAGUAAACGAGAUCAACGCCCCGCUUCCAGAAGCGUUCUAUGCGUCCAAGACGAUUGCGGGCAAGCUUCGCUCCGUGCGCAAUUACAUCAAAGACUUGGAAACCAAGAUUCCUUCGACGGUAGGCCGAUCACGGGUUCCAAAUGAACUGUCCCUAGCAACCAAUAGCGUCGAAUCAUGCAGGGAGUUUCACGAAGCGCUUCUGUCGGCAACUGUCAAGACCAGUGGCUUGCCGAGCGAAGCACAAAGCGUGGUCGAUCAUGCCAUGCUGUUCCGCGCCAAGGAAAAAUAUCUCUUCGACCCUACGGUCAACAGACAGAUUGUAUCUGACGACCCCUGGAAACGAUAUGUGUGGGAUUGGGUCGCUGACGCCGAACUGGCCGCGUACGAUAACAGCUUGGUGCUCUCCGGCGUCGAUCUCAGCUAUCUUGGCGUGCAUGCGAUAUGGACAAACGACCUAGCUAACAAACCAGGACGUAAUCCAAAAACGAGAACCAGCCCAGGCACCACGAAUCUUCCUGACGCCUUGCAGUGGGAGCGCUUCAUCGGGCCGUACUGCAAGAAGCGAAGGUUUCCACGGUUUGACACCGUCUUCACUAAGCGGCCGCAUACGCGACAGCUGUGCCUGGAGAUCUGCGGCUGGGGCGACCCCGAGUCCAACGACCCCAAGGGCUUCGAGCGUGACCCGUCGCCUGACUAUCCAACGGCGAUACACACCAUGACGGCGUGCCGGUCGCUAUUCCACGGAGAUGUGCGGCACGCCAUCGCCAUCCUGAAGCGGGCGAGCGCGGCUCACCCCGAGCUGCUGUUCGUAUCGCUGGCGCUGCAGCUUAUGGAGCGUGGCGGCGGCAAGCAGCUCGCCAAGGAGCAGCUAGACUUUGAUGAUGCGGUGGCGUCCAAGACGGACCCAUACCUGCGUGCCAUCUCGACGCUCAUAGCCACCGGCAACUGGUCCCUCGUCGCGGACCAGCGCUCGCUGCCGCUCGCGGACCGCGCCUACGUCGCCGUGCGCCACUUCCACGACGACGAGCUCACGAGCUGGCUCGACGAGCAGGUUGAGCGCGCCAUCGCCGAAGGCGACGUCGAGGCCAUCGUCCUCACCGGCGUCUCCGACACCCUCGUCGACGUCUUCGCCGCGUACGUCGAAAAGUUCCACGACUACCAGACGGCCACGCUCGUGCUGUCGCUCUGUUACCCUCGCUACAUUGACGACUUUCGCUGCCGCGCCUGGCGCAACGCCUACCGCGCGCUGCUCCAGCGCCACCGCUUCUUCCUCCAGCGCACCAAGUUCGAGGUCGAGUCUACCAAGCGCUCCAAGCGUGACGGCUCCAACCCGCUCAUCAAACCGCCCUCACGGCAAAUUGCGCUGCGCUGCAUCUACUGCGACGCCGAGACGUCCCUCGCGAACCACCAUCACCAUCACCGCGCCAGCAGCGGCGGCGGCGGCGUCGGCGGCGGUCCGCCUCCGCCCCCGCCGCCGUCCUCCGGCAUGGAGUCGCGCAACCCUCUGCUGGCGACCAGCAUCAACGCGGGAGUCAGCUGCCCCAACUGCGGGCGGCACCUGCCGCGGUGCGUCGUCUGCCUGGAGGUGGUUGGCGUGCCGCGCUCCGACCGGCCCGAGGAGCGCGACGAGACGCGCAUGGCCGGCCGCUUCCCGACGUUCUGCAUGCGCUGCGAGCACGUCCUCCACCUGGACCACGCGCGGCAGUGGUUCGCGCGCCACGUCGAGUGCCCGGUGCCCGAGUGCCGCUGCCGCUGCAACUUUCGCGCCAACCCGGAGCUCAACUAUCACUAA